ACAUUUUUGCUCCCAAAUGCUUCAGUUUCCCACUACUCUCUCUCUCUCUCUCUCUAUGAAAUGAAGAACCAGUCUCACGACUACUCUCACUCUUCUUCUUCUUCAACAACCACCACCACUCUCCACUCUCUCUAGCCCUCCUCUCUCUCUGUGCUAACUCCUUCCUACCCAUUUUCUCUUAGUCCACAAAAACCCACCCGCCACACGACGUUCUCGGGUCGAGAAAAAACCGGGUCAGGAGGAAUCAGGACUUUCGCAACCGAAAAAUGGAGAAGAAACAAGGCUUCUUCUCUGCUCUCAAGGACGAGGUGGUUCGGGGUCUCAGCCCCUCGCGGUCGCGGGCCAGCAGCCCGGCUCGGUCCGGGUCGCCCAUGACGGGUCUGCUCCGGAGGAAGAAGCAGAACCAUCACGGAAAUGGGCACGGCGUCCAGCUGGUAGCGCAGCCGGACGCGUUGAUUGGGAGAUCCGGGAGCCUGAGGCCGGUGAUGGAGGGUCCGGAUCCUGAUGGAGGGGAACUUGGGGAUUCGAAGCGGGUCGGGUCGGGCUUGGGCCAGUGGAUGCGAGGGCAGCUGUCGCGGACUCCCUCCAUGAGCUCCGUCGCGCAUAACAACAGCAAGAGGUCUGAUCUGAGACUGCUGCUUGGAGUCAUGGGUGCUCCUCUCGCCCCCCUCCACGUCAGUACCACCGACCCUUUCCCCCAUCUCAGCAUCAAGGACACUCCCAUCGAAACUUCCUCUGCCCAGUACAUACUGCAACAGUACACAGCGGCAUCUGGUGGGCAGAAGCUGCAGAACUCGAUAAAAAAUGCUUAUGCCAUGGGAAAGGUUAGGAUGGUUGCUUCUGAGUUUGAAACGGCCACGAAGGUGAUGAAGACCAGAAAUGCCUCUAGAUGUGCCGAGUCAGGUGGGUUUGUGCUCUGGCAGAUGAGUCCGGACAUGUGGUAUGUAGAGCUUGCAGUGGGUGGCAGCAAGGUUCAUGCCGGUUGCAAUGGGAAGCUUGUCUGGAGGCAUACACCGUGGCUUGGUGCUCAUACUGCGAAAGGACCAGUGAGACCCUUGCGUCGGGCACUUCAGGGUCUAGAUCCAAGAUGUACGGCUAGUAUGUUUGCCGAUGCAAGAUGUAUAGGAGAGAGGAAGAUCAAUGGUGAGGAUUGCUUCAUCCUCAAGCUUUGUGCUGAUCCUCAGACUCUGAAGGCCAGGAGUGAAGGCCCUGCCGAGAUCAUAAGGCAUGUGUUGUUUGGUUACUUCAGCCAGAAAACAGGGCUUCUUGUUCAUAUGGAGGAUUCGCAUCUGACCCGCAUCCAGUCCAAUGGUGGCGAUGCUGUUUACUGGGAAACCACAAUCAAUUCAUUCCUUGAUGAUUACAGGCCUGUUGAAGGAAUCAUGAUUGCACACUCAGGGCGUUCUGUGGUAACCCUAUUCAGGUUUGGUGAAAUGGCAAUGAGCCAUACCAAAACAAGGAUGGAAGAAGCUUGGACAAUUGAGGAGGUUGCAUUUAAUGUUCCAGGUUUGUCAAUGGAUUGCUUCAUUCCCCCAGCUGACUUAAGAUCGGGGACAAUCAGUGAAGCGAGCGAGCUUCCACAUGAUGAAAGGGGAAAGGGUGGUGGGAUUGCAGUAGCACCACACCGGGCCAAAGUUGCUGCGCUGGAGAAAGAUCACAGUGCUAAUGUUGAUAGCCUGACCUGGAAGAUGGAAGUCUAACAAGAAGGGGCUGCACUUAAUUAGGGCAAUUGUUUAUAAUGGUAGCGAGUUUAAAUCAGCUAACACCUUAGAAGUUUACAAAGUAGGAGUUGCGUCGCGUUUUUUGACGUUGGUUUUAUGCCUCUUAAUCUGUAAAUAGAGCAUAAUUAUUCACAGGGUUCACUUCGGCCUGAAUGAAUCUUUAUACUCUCAGUGCAGAAUCCAACAAAGGUGUUGGAGCUCGAUUUUUCCAGCUGGGGAUAGAGCAAAUGGAGGUUUAAGUUUUAGUUUACCUUCAGUGCAUGAGGGAAGGUGGCGAAGCUCAUCUUUCUACAAAUUCAGGAGCGGCGAUAUUAAGGAGAUCGCGGGUUUCUGGCAUGGAGUUUGAAGCCUAAUGCCAGUAGUUCGAUAGUCUUACUGUUUUCAGGUGUGCUAAUCGUUGUGGUUGUGUGAUUGAUGCAGAAGUUGUUUCUAGGGUCUGAAAGGAAAACAGAUGGUUUUUUCAAAAGUAGUAGGGAUAGAAGGUAUGGGGAGAAAAGUUUGUGCUGAGUUUUUGUUUCUUUAUUAUUAACUGGUGUAACCAAGAUAUGGGUCUCUAGCUAGUUGUAUUUUCUGCAACUUUCUCAUUGUCCAUCAAGUAUUUAAUUUUCAUGAACAUAUAGGAAUCACCAUCCUUC